CCUAGCAUGCGUCUAAGGAACAACCCUGUGGAAAGUCCAGAUGGCAGCCAGCUGUUUGAGGAUACGAGUGGAGCAGGGUCUGGAUCGCAGGCAGGCUACAGGAAUCCUCAGGCCGGCCCUCAAGCAGCAGGCUUUCCAGGACCAUCCAUCCUGUCCGACCCCAUGUCCAACCUGGCCAUGGCUUAUGGCAGCGCGCUGGCCUCCCAGGGGAGGGAGAUGGUGGACAAGAAUCUGGACAGGUUCAUCCCGAUUUCUAAACUGAAAUACUACCUUGCUGUGGACACGGUGUACGUGGGGAAGAAGCUGGGCCUUCUCGUUUUCCCCUACAUGCACGAGGAUGAUCACAAGAUCCUCAUUGGAGGAUCCAGUCCAUGA